CUGCUGUCCACACUUUAAAUGCUCAUGGGGCACUUGUUCAAGCGUCUAGUCGCCCGAAUGUAUGAUGGCAGAGCUUCAUGUAUCCAGGCCCUGAUGCAGGAAUAAGGGCAUCCCUAGAUGCUUCAAUUGACGGGAGCUUCCCUGCUCUUGCAAAUCCCCCUCACUGUGCCAUCUAACCAGAAAAAUGAAGAGCCAGCCACAUUAUCACGUUUCGGUCUCUUGAUACAACUGUGUGAGCUGAAAUCGGGACAAUCGGGCAACCCUUGACUUCAUGUUGAUAUCUCCCUCAUUUCAGACUUCUUGAUAUGAUGAUCGCUAUUCUGUCUAGGAAUUACCCCAGGCUGUUUGGUGAUAAUUUAGAUUCGGUGACGUUGCAGCCACCGUGUCAACUGGCGGAGUGAGGAAUUGAGGUCCUCCAGUCCCCAACCAUGGAAGAACCUGAUUUAUGGUGGCCACUCCAAUGCGACAAUGGUCUGGUUUACACAUAUCGACCCGCUAUUGCGGCUACCUAACCAUGACGUCAACAGUUGAGUGCUUUUUUAGGGCCGCCGUUCCCUCCUCUAUAUCUAAGCGCAUUAGCAGCUUGUGUCCUUUGCGCACUUUUAAAUUUAUAUUCUAUUCUAUUUUGAAUAUUCUUUUGCUUGUUUGGCUCCAAUUCGACUAUUUCUACUCGAAUAUCAAUAAUUGCGCAAACUUCGAACUUACCAAGCUACCACCCGAGAUACCCUGAUAUUUUGAUACCCCUGAAGGGAAAAAGCCCAACACAGUACUUGCUAGUCGCCUUCCUUGCGCUGGCAUUUCCUUAUCAAUCGAGAGCCUUGUCUGAGCCCACCGCCUUAGUAGUUCACCCCCUUUGGUUAUACAAGCUAUAUCUUCGAGUCCCCAUCACCAAUACUACGACUCCUUGUCCAUCGCUAGCGUUAGCAUGGAUCGCGGCACAGUCAAUGUUCCUUCGGAUUCAAAGGUGAAGGAAGCGGAUAUCAAUCGCAAACUUCAACUCUACGGCAUUUACUCUGCAUUCAAAAAUGGGAGGGUUCCAUCGAACAAACAAAUCGAUAUCGCCCUGAACAGCCUCUUAGCGUCAGGCGCCCUGUCUUCGCCUCCUGAUAAUCUUUCGUCCGAUGGCCACGUACUCAUCAAAGACCUUCGUGAUGUGAUCGAGAACGCCAAAAUGCUUAUCCUUGUCAAAAAUGAAGGCAAUCUGAUACAAGAGCUCAUCUGGGACUUGGAGCAUAUUGGAGAGCGCACCACGUUGCAGACACCAGAGGUUACAGUUGACAGAGAUGCUGCGAAACAGGAUCGUACGCGAGCUGCUGAAGGGCUUCAAACGCUCGCUACCUUGCUGAUAACUAAUGGCCAGUUCCGGAAGCUUCUUCGCGAUGCGACAAUCCUAAUGCGCGAUAUGGCUAGCGAUGCGGCUCAGAAGGCUGCAGGGAAGAUCAGGCCUUCAGAAGAAGAGAUGGCAGGAAUAGACGAGCCUGCGGAUGAAAAUGUUUGGCAUGAUAAACCUGACCUUUCGAGCGCCAAAUUUAAGUCACAGGUUAAAUCACAGGUGGGACAAAAAAAGGAAAAGGCGAGCAAAAGCGCCCGAGACGCAACGGGAACUGCAGAUCAAGCAGCUCGUCCAAGCGGCCCUGAGGGUGGCGUUGAAGCCACAUCCGGUGCAAUCACAGGGGCUCAGGCAGUCGGAGAACAAGUAUCUGAGAAUGUCCCAGAGGAAACCAAGACCCGAUCCCGUGAACUUACCGAGAGGACAAAGGAGUUUCUCCGUGAGAAGAUGCCCAAGGAGCGACGCGAUCAAACAAUUUGGCGCCUAAAAAGGAUGAUUGUGGAAAUUCAGGGCCAUUCUGACUACCAACAAGCAAUUGAAACGCUUCUUUCGCUUGCCGAAACUUACAGUGGCCAUGGUAGAGGCAUCUCUCAGCAGGGUGCUUCAUCUACAAAAGGACUGGUAGAGGAAAAUAAAGAUGUGAUGAAACGACUGCAGCUUAUCCUCGAACGCUUCGCGAAUAGUUCUUCAAUGGACAAUCUGCUCGAUUACGUCAAGGAUUUCUAUCAUGCCGCUGAUGAGGAUCCUCGACUAAGAGACUGGUUUAAAUCGGUGAAUUCUUUUAUCAGGAAAUGCCUUCGGGAGCAAGGAUAUGUUUUGGAGGAUUCGGCAAAUGAAGAGUGGAAUAGCCUUUACGAUGAAGGCCAAUUCCUCCUCCGCGACAAGUACCGUGAGAAUAUAGAUUCCAUAGUGGAUGAGAUAAAAUUUCUUGGGGACCAAUUUGACCAAGAUCCCCUGAACAAAGAGUUUGGCAACUCAUUGCAAAAACUUUUUCACGAUCUCGGCUACGACGCCUCUGGAAAGAUAGUAUUUAAGGAGCAUCUUAUGAAGGAUGUUACCAGCAUCAUCUUGCCUUCAAUCUUCGAGAAAAUACGUUAUGUCCCCCUACCCCGUAUUGAAGUAUCUGACCCAAUGGCUGAUGUGGUGGUCGAAAACCUUGUCCUUGAGAGCGACAAUUUGCUGCCCAAUGUCGUCGAACUUAGUAGUGACAAUUACUGGCGCUGGGGUCGCAAGAGAAUCGGAAGCAAGCAUACAAACAAGGUCAUGGUAGCAGCGACUGGGAUACAAACCGAUUGGAGAGAUGUCAGUUAUUACAUCAAGAAGAAAACUGGGUUCCCUAGUCUCACUGAUACCGGAGUUAUGGACAUAAUGAUGGGUGGUGAAGGAUUCAACUUCAAGGUUUCCGGAUCCACCAGUGACGUAGCCGACAGCCUAUUCAAGCCAGAAAAGAUUUCCGUCCAUGUUAACAACCUACAAAUUAAGCUCAAGAAGUCGAAUCAUAAGAUUCUUUUCACGCUCUUUAAGCCUCUACUCUAUGUUGCGAUGCGCCCUGCCGUGGAAAAGGUUCUAGAAAAACAAAUUCGUGACACCUUUGUACGCGGUGACAAGUUCGCAUAUGCUGUGCAUAAUGAAGCGCAGCAUGCUUUGGAAGGCUGCUCGCAGCGACCCGCAGCAAAACCACACUAUUUACUCGUAUUACGUUGAUGCAUUUCGCAAGCAAGUGAUGGACAUGCGAAAGAAAGCAGAGGAGAAGAAAGACACUGCGAAGAAACGAGAUACCAAAGUUAAUCUCGCAGUCACGGAGCCUAGUGCUCUUUUCCAGAAUAUCAAGCUGCCAGGUGGCAUAUCUUCCAAGGCUACAGUAUAUCAGGAGCUUGCUGCCAAAGGCGACAGAUGGGAAUCGCCUGUAUUUAGCAUUGGCGAUGCUACCCAGUCUACGAGCCUGCCCAAGUUAGCCCCUAUUACACGCAAAACUCGCUCUCGGACUACGGCCAGGGACUCGGGAAUUGGCUCGAUUGAGGAACCCAUCAGCAAGACCGACCAGACCAUGGGAAAACGUGGAAUUGGAGGCACUCAACUGCCUAGCGGCGCUCACGUUGUCCCCGAAGCCAAUAUCCAAGUCUGAUGGUGUUAGAAUAGGAGUGAUGGGAUAGUUUCAACUCUUUAUUCAACACCCUAUUCCAGCUCGUGCUGUUUUUUUUCGGUUCUUUUGGAAGUAUGCAAAAUCACCUUGUCUUAUUAUGAUAAUGAUACCGAAUUCUUGUUUUCUCUCGUCCAUAUUCUUAUUCCAUGGAAAGGUGGAUAAUAAUUUCCAGAGUCAAUGAAGCUCAAAUGCAAUCACCGGGUAAUAAUAUCUCUUCGAGUGGACACCCAUAAGAGGAUGGUUGGAUGGAUAUCUUGUUGAGCGAAUUGCUGUGAUGGUUUGCCUGCGAGCAAGACGCCCCUGUGUGUGUUUUUGUCUGUUUGCUGAUGUUUUCGGGUAAUGAUAUCUUUUAAUAAUAAAUUGCCUAAUAGUCUUGUAGUUAAUCAAAUGCUGUGUACUUCAUAGUUACAUAUAAUGAAAUAUCAGACAUGGUUAUUGCCCCUCCGGAGCUUUGCGUUGGGGCAGUCUUGGCAUGCCCAAGCUUCCUGCCGAGGAUCAACAAAUUUGUCUUUUUCGUAUCCAACAAACACUCCAGCUUUAUUUUUG